ACAAACUAAAAUAAAAAUCUAUAAACAUUCUCAAAGCACAUAACUCACAAAAUGGCUUUUCUGAGAAGUUUCUUGGGUGGUAAGCAAGCAAUGCGGAGUAAAUCAUCUUCGACACCAAGAGGAUUCAUGGCGGUUUAUGUUGGAGAGAAUGAUGACACGAAGAACAGAUACGUUGUCCCAGUUUCAUAUUUGAAUCAGCCUUUGUUUCAAGAACUGCUGAGUAAAUCAGAGGAAGAGUUUGGGUAUGAUCAUCCUUUGGGUGGCUUAACCCAAGCAAAUGUGCCUUGUGCACGUGGCAAGAGCCGGCACUGGCUUAACCAUACUGUGCCAUGAAUCUUUGUUCUUCACCGUCACAUCUCAGAUUCGAUGAAUUUCAAAAAAUGGCAGGGUGUGCGUUGAGUAUAAUCAGUCUUUUGUAGUUCAAGGCUCCCAUUACUCAAAGAAAUAGUAGAAAAAAUUCGGAUUUGAUUUGAGUUUU